AUGGAAGUGGAGAGAGAGGGGGUGGGAGAGAGAGACUCGUGUAGAACACUCUCCUGUAGUUCUGGCUCCGGAGACGCGCUGGACGCAGCGGACUGUCCCGGCUCCUCUCGAUGGUUCACCGCAGCCCGGAGGAGGGACAAACCUUCCACCGCUGCCCGGAAAUCGGUGCCCAGGAGCCGCACACACUCUGAUAACUGUUGUGACAUGUGUGCAGACAACAGGAACGGUGAGUGUCCGAUGCACGGCCCUCUUCACUCUCUGCGCCGGCUCGUCGGCACCAGCAGCACGGCAGCACCUGUCACCCUACCAGACAUCCCUGAUUGGCUGAGAGACCUGCCCAGAGAGGUGUGUCUGUGCACCAGCACAGUUCCUGGUCUGGGUUACGGAAUCUGUGCAGCUCAGAGGAUCCCUCAGGGAACCUGGAUUGGCCCGUUUCAAGGAGUCCCCCUGAUGCUGGAAAAACUGCAGUCUGGAGUGGUCAGGAACACCCGACACCUGUGGGAGAUCUACGAUGCAGAGGGAACGUUACAGCACUUUAUUGAUGGUAAUGAUCCCAGUAAAUCCAGCUGGAUGAGGUAUAUUCGCUGUGCGAGACACUGUGGGGAGCAGAACAUGAUGGUUGUACAGUACAGAUCCUGCAUCUUCUACAGAGCAUGUAUGGAUAUCCCCAGAGGAACAGAGCUGCUGGUUUGGUACAACGACUCCUACACCUCGUUCUUCGGUAUCCCGCUGCAGUGCAUUGCCCAGGAUGAAAACUUAAAUGUCCCAGCCACAGUGGUGGAGGCCAUGACGAGGCAGGAAUCCCUCCAGUCCUUCAGCAAAAACGGCAAACCCUCUUCCUCGUCCUCUUCAUCGUCCUCCACUCCGUCCUCCACCCUCAUGCGCUCCAUGGUCUUCCCCCACUCCCCCUGCCCUCGGAGUUUCUCCCUGUUGGAUAAGGUUGGGGUUCAGUCGGACUCCAGUUUUGGCCAGUUGGGGUCAAAGAACCAGAGAGUCCUGGCAAGUCCCACAUCCACCAGCCAGCUUAGCAGUGAGUUCAGCGACUGGCACCUGUGGAAAUGUGGCCAGUGCUUCAAGACCUUCACCCAGAGGAUCCUGCUCCAGAUGCAUGUGUGUCCGCAAAAUCCUGAUCGACCAUACCAGUGUGGCCACUGCUCCCAGUCCUUCUCUCAGCCGUCAGAGUUGAGGAACCAUGUAGUGACGCACUCCAGCGACCGACCUUUCAAAUGUGGAUACUGCGGCCGGGCCUUCGCUGGCGCCACGACGCUCAACAACCACAUCCGCACACACACAGGAGAGAAGCCGUUCAAGUGCGAGCGUUGCGACCGCAGCUUCACACAGGCCACUCAGCUCAGCCGCCAUCAGCGACUUCCCAACGAGUGCAAACCCGUGAACGAGACCAGCGAGUCCAUCGAGGUGGAUUAACCCCCGACUGUUUCCCGACUGAGACCACGUCCACAUUAAGACAGUUCAAUAUGAAAAUGUGACUCUUUCUUCAGGUUUGGACCUCCAUCCACACCAAGACGCUCACUUCAUAUUAAUUCUAAUUUAGUUUUCCAGAAAUAAAGCUCCUGAGGAGCAUCACUGUGUUAAUUGGGUCCAACCUGCACUAAAUUAAAUGUGUGGAUUAAAAAUAAAGUUUGCAAAUUCCAGGAGUUUCCAGGGAUAAACAACAAAAUGGGAAUGUAUGGUAAAUGUUUUUGGGCAAGUAUCAUUUCAGUGUAGUGUGAGAGUCACUUUGGUCUUAUUUACGAUCACAUUUGUUUCACCUUUUCUUGCUUUUAAGUUGAUGACAGCACCUUAAGUUACCACAGUAAUGCAAUAACAGCUUUCCAACAAGCUUUAAAUCAAACAACAUGAGAGGAAGUGUCAUGGUUGUUGUAACUUUUCAGUCGUGUUGACGCACCUGACUGCGGUUGAAGUAAAAAACUUGCAAACACACAGAGAAAAGCUGCUGGUUGUGGCAUUUAUGUCCAAACUCUCCACCAGUCAUUGUUAGCUUCCUUCAUCUAUUAGCUGAAUAGAUCGACCCAUUUUAACGGACACGAUACGGCUUUAUUUAUUUAGCACCAAAUCAUAACAAAA